ACCCAAUACAAGCUGAUGCAUCUACAAUCUAUGAGAUUUGGGAUUUUCCCCUAUGAAAGUAUAAAGCGAAGAAAUUCUAUAGAAAAUUAUAUAAUUAAUGAAGAAUAUUUGAAGACUGGUACUUUUUUCAUAAAGAAACCAAAAUUACAAAAUGUUGAUUGCAAUCGUAAUCAACGUUGCUUUGAAAAGAAUAUUAUUUUUAACAUAUUUAAGAAUUGUAAUACAAAAGAAUAUACCAAUCAUGUAAAUCCAAGUUCAGUUAAAACUACAGUCAACGCAGAACAAACAUUGUCGACAAAACAAGGAAAUAGCAUAGAAAAAAAAACAGAUUUUAUAGAAGAUUAUAAUUGUUCUCUUUUUGAAUGGUCUGAUUGGAGUUAUCAUACAAAUGAAGUGAAAUAUAAUGAAGUAGAAAAGCACACUUCUCUAUCCAAAUUGAAUAAGAAAAAUGAAAGUAUUGAGAAAUAUUAUAAAGUUUUUGACUUUCUUCCGCAAAAGUUAAAUAAUCUUGCACAAUUUAGAUCAAUUAAAUUAAUAAAAACACCUUCGUUCGAUAACAUUGAUACAAGCAUAUUUUUUAACGAAUUAACAUGUAAUUAUGAAGAAAAUAGAAAACAACCUCAAGAUAUAGAUAUACAUCCAUGCGCAUUUACACAACAUUUCUGUGAAUUUAAAUUACAAAGGACUGCAUUAGAAUUUACAAAGGUAUUAAAUCAAGUUAAUAAUCAAUUAAUAGCAGCUUUAAUGAUUUAUGAUAAUGUAGAAUUAUUGCUAAUGAUGGAUCAACAUGCUGUUCAUGAAAGAAUAAGAUAUGAAAAUUUACUUAAUGGUUACAGAACAUCUGAUCAUAACAAUUUCCUAACAAAAAAAUUGCCAAUUCCGAUAAGAAUAGAAGUGAAAAUGCAUAUGUGUACACUAUUUCUCUCGAACAAAAAGUCAUUAGAUAAAUAUGGAAUCAAAUUAACUGCAAUUAAUGAAAAUACUUUAAGCAUAUACAGUAUACCAAAAUGUUUUACAACUAAUAAACAUUAUUACAAUGACGUAAAAUUAAUAACUACAAUCCAGAAUUUGCUAAAUGAAAUUGCGGAUAAUAUUACGAAUGGAAAUGGUAUAAAUAUUUUACCUUUAUCUAUUCACAAUGCUGUAUCAAUGGAAGCAUGUCAUGGUAUUUAUUAUUUGUACAAAUUGGUAAUCUUAGAAAAAGUGGCCUAAAAAAUGUAAUGUGUAUAAAUUAUUCUAUGUUAUAUCUCCUUAGGUGCCAUAAAAUUUGGUCAAUCGUUAUCUGUACAAGAAUGCAUAGAACUUUUCAAUGAUUUAAAAACUACAAAAUCUCCAACUCGAUGUGCACAUGGAAGACCUUCGAUAAUACCUAUAAUAGAACUUUCAGAAUUAAGAAGAAGGUAUUAUAAAAAUAUGAAG